UUCAGUGCUUCUCUUGGCUUUCUUUCUAUUUCUACAAUCCUCUUAUCGUGCGGAAUACAUUUUGAAAGUAAUAAAAAGAUUUUAUUCUCCGUUUAGAAAAUAUAAAAAUAAACUAAAAAUUGUUUGCAUAUAUGUUAAUAACAUUGUUAAGUUUUCCUCAAAGUUAUGAAGUGGAGAAUUAUUUUAUUAAAUGUGAAUUCAGACCCGCAUCCAAACUGCUGAGAAAAAAUCGAUAUAAUUUUAAGGUCUUGGUUUUCACAUCAUCAAAGCAAAACGAAAAUAAUGAGAAAACAACAUUCAAAUUCAAACCAUGUAUCAUCAAUGAUUGUAUGUUUGAGUUAAGUUUGAAAACAAUAAAAGAUCAAAUAAAAAACUUCAACAAAAGAAACAAAAAGGAGUCAAUUCCGGUACAGUAUUUCGCAAAGGAAUAUACAAUUUAUCAUCAUACGUCAACACCAUCGCCAAUUCUUCUAUUUUGGAGUACAGAUUGUUGUAAAUGGAAUUAGCCAAGAAAAGGUAUAAGGGUGGUCGGGCACCUAUUUUCAGAUCCAGUGACCGAAGAAGACCACAAAUCAUUUCAUCUGCAACAACCUUAACUCCACGUGUGGUUCUCUCUAGAUUAGAACCAAGAGAUUUCGAGCGUUUACGCUUGUCAUACAAAGUAACUAUACUAGACCAAAGACGAACACGGAACAAUCGUUCUGGCAUGAACAUGGGACAAAAAAACAGUGCAGUUGUUAAAAGUGUUAGUCGCGGAGAUGCACAAGUAUCCUUUAAACCGGUUAUACCACGUGAACUUGCUGCCGAAUAUAUAAAGCCAGCUCGUAUUGAAAUACUACUUGAUAUGCCUCCAGCUAAUCGAGAAACUCAACUCAAGUACUCAUGGAACGCUGAAGACAGAUCGCUUAACAUUUUUGUAAAAGACGACGAUAAACUGACAUUUCACCGACAUCCUGUUGCACAGAGUACAGACUGCAUACGUGGAAAAGUAGGCUUCACAAAAGGUCUUCACAUUUGGGAAAUAUAUUGGCCUACAAGGCAGCGAGGUACACACGCUGUUGUCGGCGUGGCAACUUCAGAAGCACAAUUACAUUCAGUAGGUUAUCAAAGUCUAGUUGGUGCAUCAGAUCACAGCUGGGGAUGGGACUUGGGCAGAAACAAACUUUACCAUGACUCCAAAAACUGUGCUGGAAUUACUUACCCGGCGAUACUUAAAAACGAUGAAGCUUUCUUAGUGCCGGAUAAAUUUUUAUUAGCACUUGAUAUGGACGAAGGAACACUUAGUUUUAUAGUAGACCACGAAUAUUUGGGAGUAGCCUUUCGAGGAUUGAAAGGAAAGAAACUUUAUCCAAUAGUUUCGGCUGUUUGGGGACAUUGUGAGAUUACAAUGAGAUACAUCGGUGGUUUGGAUCCUGAACCAUUACCCUUAAUGUAUUUAUGUAGACGUGUGAUACGGCAAAAUUUAGGACGAACGCAUUUAGAAGAGCGCAUACAAGAGCUACAUCUGCCACAAUCGAUGAAAACAUAUUUAUUAUAUAGGGACUGCAGAUAGUAACAAAUAAGAUUGACAAUAAGAUAUAAAAUUUAACUGUAAUACUAACACUAAUCAUAAGCAAAAUUUAAAGAAAAUCAAGAAUGUUCACACACAGAAACUCAUGUGUGCUAUUGUAAUGUGCAUAUUAAAUAUAUGUGUAUUUAUGUUUGUACGUAUAUAUUUGUUAUGUAUGCAUAAUACCAUAUAUAGUAUGCAUAAUGUAAUUGGGUCAAAGAUUUUUAAAAUAUAUGCUAUAAACAUCAA